UCCUUCAAGGGCUAUAUGCCCAAAUGUAAUGACUGCCAAGCACACCAAAUUUCUCUCACAAUCCAGAUGCACCACACGUGUGAUCAUCUUUCCUUCUCCUCACCUGCUUCUCCUCAAUUGGGAUUGGAUUUCAGUUUUCUUGACGCAGUUCAAGUCAAAAGGGGUGAAUUUGCACGGGUCCAGGGCAGUUGCAGGAUAUAUUUUACUGCUACGCGAGAUCGGCACCCCUGAGUGCCCUAUGAUUGCGCACCAGUGAGCACUCUGUAGAGAAGCUGUACAGCCAGAUCUUCCUUAUGUGAGGCCAGAUUCUAGAGAGUAAUAUAAUCUGGCAUCUCCUAUUUACUACUAGAUUGAUGUUUUACGAUACAUGUGUAAAUUCUCAUGAGAAGCUUUGCUCGCGCUAGCACUGGGUUCACACAGGCACCUGUUGGUACGUUCCAUCU